CCUCUUCACUGAUUUGGUCCACUACAGGCUGUCUUCUGUAUCUCCUCAUCACCUCCCAGGAACUCCUUUGGUUUGUUGACUGCAUUUUUCCAGAGACUUGAUUUUUAAAGGUGGAUACAAUGCUGCGAUUCUUUAUAUUUCUACUCUCACUUGCUCCUUUUGUGUUAACCGAGGGGACAGAAAGUUGCAAAGGCACUGAGUGUCAGCCAAACACUUGGCACAAUGUAAGAUGCUCGACAGACGACGACUGCGAUCAGCCAAACACCACGUGCUACAAACGUGUCUGUAGGUGUCACCCCGGGUACUUCUAUACCACACACGACACGUGUACUGACACUUGUAGCCCAGACGACAUGCAGGACAGCUUCACAGAGUAUCCUGACAGCGCUCUACGUGCAAAUCUCAUUGGUAGCGAGGAUGGACUCACUGUGGAAGACUGCAAGGGCAGGUGUCAGACUAACAAGACUUGCCUCACCUUUGAUUUCAAAGCCAGUGGAGGUCUGUGCCGGCUUCAUGGUGUCACCUCUCGUCAUUCCCCCUCACAGUGGUCUCCUAAGACGAGCAAAGGCUGGACUCACUACCAGAGAUCAUGCAACUCCAUUUUUGCCUCACGCGAUAACUGGCACAACUUAUUGUGUAACAGCAAGAUUGAUUGUACUGACAUAAACAGCGACUGUUUGUCAGGACGAUGUCUAUGUCGUCCAGGCUUCAUGUUCAAUCAAGCAAAGAAGGAGUGUGUUGUUACAAGCGAGCUGAAGAAGUGGCACAACACAAGCUGCUCGACAGACGACGACUGCGAUGCGCACCACGCCGAGUGCUACAAACGUGUCUGUAGGUGUCACCCCGGGUAUUUCUACACCACACACGACACGUGUACUGACACUUGCAGACCAGACGACAUGCAGGACAGCUUCACGGAGUAUCCUGACAGCGCUCUACGUGAAAACCUCAUUGAUCGCCGGGAUGGACUCACUGUGGAAGCCUGCAAGGGCAGGUGCCAGACAAACAAGCAUUGCCUCACCUUUGAUUUCAAAGCCAGUGGAGGUCUGUGCCGGCUUCAUAAUGUCACCGCUCAUGAGUCUCCCUCCGACUGGUCUCCUAAGACGAGCAAAGGCUGGACCCACUACCAGAAAUCCUGCAAGUCCACUUUUGCCUCACACGAUAACUGGUACAACUUAUUGUGUAACAGCAGGGUUGAUUGUCAUCACCCACACAGCGAUUGUUUGUCAGGACGAUGUCUAUGUGAUUCAGGGUUAUACUUCAGUCAAGAAAGGAAGGAGUGUGUUUUUGCAAGGUAUUGUGUAGACUUGGUGGGAACAGGCGCCAAGAGUGGUGUGUACACCAUUUGGCUACCAUACUACAACGGACCUCUCAGAGUGUGGUGUGAUAUGGACACUGCGGGCGGAGGCUGGCUGGUCAUUCAGAGACAUCACUACUACGUAUAUAACCCAGAUGAGUUUGUUGACUUCAACCGGAACUUCGAACAAUAUGAACAAGGUUUUGGUAACAUCUCUGGAGAGUUCUGGCUGGGCCUAGACGCGAUUUUCUUACUGACAUCGUUUGGACCAGAGGAUCUGCGCUUGAGAGUGGAGCUGGUGACUGAGUCAGGGACAUACUGGGCGCAAUACGACUAUUUCAUUUUGCACGGUCCUUUCCUUAACUACUCACUUGACGCGCGGCGCUACUCGGGUACCGCAGGAGAUGGGUUGACAGCUAGUUCCGGACACCCGUUUCAAACCUAUGACCGAAAUCAGUACCGCUGUGUCACAUAUAGUGUAGGCGCCUGGUGGUACCCGCGUGACUGCGCCGGCGAAGCUAACCUCAACACCCCUGAUAAAAUCCACAUGUUUUGGGCUUACAUCUACCAGCUGAAGUUCUCGGAGAUGAAGGUUAAGCCACAUUCUCUGAGAUGAAGACCUUGUCUCCUGUACUCACUGCUUACACCGCCAGUCGACUGUUCACUGUUCACUACAGGUUCCACUGAUGAUGUGAGCUCAGUGUACAUUAAUCUUUCUCAAUACUCUACAUCUGACUGUAGUACAGACUACUGUACUUUAAUUGUUUACUUUGAGUAUAUUGCCUGGUGAUUCUAUUCUACAUGUGUUGUAUUACUUCUUUCACAUUUGCAUUUGCUCUGAUAAACUAACAUGUUUACAAACGUAAAGUCUAAGUUUAAUUAAUUAAUUUAGCACUAAUUGUGUCUGGGUUGUAGUCAACGUGUAAUGAAGUGUAGCUACACACCUGAUAGUUUAUACUAAACAUGUCAUGAACUAUAUAUUAGCUAUACACCUAAUAGCUAAUAGUAAACGUGUCAUGAACUAUAUAUUAGCUAUACACCUGAUAGUUUAUAGUAAACGUGUC